CAGGUAAGAAGAGAGAGAGAGAGGUGUAUUACAUCCCCCGAGAUAGAUCAAUCAUCCACAUUCAAGCAUAUCAAUGCCGUUGAUGGGAUUAUCAACCAUUGUCCAUUUCACUCCCAUGCACCAUACACUAAGGCUAUCACUUUUUUCCCAUUGCUCAGCUUUCUCCAACUCCAACACUUCCUUACUCUCAUCCUCCACGCACCCCACUUCCGGAAUCACCCUGAAGUCUGCACCUUUCUCUUCCUCUCUGCCUUUCAUGGCUACCCACUUUCAGGUCUCAGAAGGUGCUCCCAUUGAAGAAUUUGGGCCUUCCCCUCCUCUUCCAAUUCGAGAACACGACCUCUUAAUCGUUGGUCCUGGAAUUCUUGGCCGUUUGGUCGCUCACAAAUGGAGGGAGGAAUAUCCAGGUUGUCAAGUUUUUGGACAAACAGUAACCACGAAUCAUCAUGAGGAGCUGGUUAAAAUUGGUAUUAAUCCGUCUUUGAAGUGGACCAAAGGCACGCUCAAAUUUCCCAAUGUCAUUUUCUGUGCCCCGCCUUCCCAAUCUUCAGACUACCUUGGUGAUCUUAGGUUGGCUGCAUCAUGCUGGAAUGGUGAAGGUUCUUUCCUGUUUACAUCAAGCUCUGCUCCUUAUGACUGUAACGACAAUGGGUUGUGUGAUGAGGAUAGUCCAGUGGUGCCAAUUGGGAGGAGCCCCAGGACUGAUGUCCUUCUAAAAGCUGAAAAAGUGGUGCUAGAGUUUGGUGGUUCUGUUUUAAGACUCUCUGGACUUUAUAAAGUAGAUAAAGGUGCACAUGUUUAUUGGUUAGAAAAGGGGAUUGUUGAAUCUCGUCCUGAUCACAUCCUGAAUCUUAUACAUUAUGAGGAUGCAGCUUCCCUCUCGGUUGCAAUUUUGAAUAAACAAUUUCGUGGACGAAUUUUCUUGGGUUGUGAUAAUCAUCCUUUGUCCAGGCAAGAAGUGAUGGAUUUAGUCAACAAAAGUGGGAAAUUUAGUAAAAAAUUUGAGAAAUUUACAGGAACUGAUGAUCCUUUAGGUAAGAGAUUAAACAACUCUAGAACACGCCAAGAAGUAGGGUGGGAACCCAAGUACUCUAGCUUUGCUCAUUUCCUUGAGACCAUAUGAUUCCCUCAGUAUUUUCUCCAUGAUGACAUUGUAUAGAAAAUAUUAUUAUUCAUCAUGUUGUUAAAUGGAAGCAGAAAUAAUUAUUUUAUCCAUGUAUGUAUGCUUGACGAGAUUUGUAAGCUUUGCUGUGUUGGGGUAAAAAGUAAAUGAGAUGCAUUGACGGAUACGUUUUCG